CAAAACAAAACAAAAAAAAGAAUCAAAGAACUUACCGUUUUUUUUUUCAACCAAAAUUUACGCUCCCACUUCUUCGUAAAUUUCGCCGCUGUGGUAAGCUGCCGCGCCGGUUGAAAUACAAACCGCCGUCGUCACCGCCGCAGGACAUUGUUUGUAAAUGGCUAAGGCAAGCCCAAUCCAACAUAAAAUCGGAAGUUUCACUGCAAAUGUGGUUCUAACAUCAGUUUUCAAGAGUAACCGUACGUUGUGGUUGAAAUUUCAACGAAGACUUUUGUGCUAAUUAGUUCCAGUCUUCAAGUCGAAAGUGAUGGGAAGCACAAUAUCUUUCUCUGAUCAUGACGAAUUGUCUUUGCGUCAAUCAGCACAUAUUUUAGAAAGAUUUUGAGGAAUACAAUCUGGUAAAUUUUCAGGAUGCGCAUGGCUUUCAAGUUUAUUUCGUAUUUCUUGUCUGUUAGUAUUAUAUUUUUUUGGAGUAAAUUUUGCAGUGGAUUAGACACCAUUUCAGCUGGCCAAUCUCUGUUUCCGAACCAGACCAUAAUCUCCAAAGAGGGCAAGUUUGAGUUGGGCUUCUUUGAUCCUGCAGGUAACUCUACCAACUACUAUAUUGGGAUAUGGUACAAAAACAUACCUCUUCGAACAGUUGUUUGGGUCUUAAAUAGAGAUCUUCCUAUCCCACACUCCCUUUAUAACAACUCACAACUAGAAAUAGCCAAUGGUACUCUACUCCUUCGAAGUGGUCUCAACAUAUUUUUAUCAUUCAACCAAAAUUAUAAUGCCACUGAGGCAGUAAUUCUUGACACCGGCAAUUUCGUCUUAAGAAACGCCUCCGGCAUUUUGUGGCAGAGCUUUGAGCACCCGACGGAUACAUUGCUGCCGGGUGCAAAGCUCGGAUACCGUUGGUUUAGUGAUGUAAAUGUAAAACUUGUUUCUUGGAGGAAUCCAAACGACCCUGCUUCCGGAAGUUAUUCAUUCGGCAUGGGGCCUAAUGGAGGCAGUGAUCUUUCCAUUAGAAAAGGCACAGAAAAGUUGUGGAGCAGCGGGCCUUGGCAACGAGGGACUUUCCCGUUGCUCGACUUGAGAGAUCCCAACAAUUUUACGUACCUUGCACGCGAUGGCGAUGUAUACGUGACAUAUAAUAAUGAGUCUGUGCUAUCUAGGAUUGUGAUGGACUAUUUUGGUAUAAUGAUGCUGUUCCAGUGGUCGGAGGCAAGGCAGGCGUGGGAUCUGCUAAUCACGCAGCCUUAUCCCUGUCGAGCAUAUGCCAUGUGCGGGCUUAACGCAAUGUGUGCUACCAAUCAUGCACCAGCGUGUAGGUGUUUGGACGGGUUCAAACCACGAGUUGAGGGAGAGUGGGAUUCAUCCAAUUUUUCUAGUGGAUGUGUUAGAAGAAGACCGCUGCAUUGUACUGACAAAGUAGGAUAUAUCAAGGUAGCCACCAAUAGAUUUCCUUAAAGCUAUGAAUCUGUGGAAUUACCGAAUAAUGAAUGCGAGUUUCAGUGCUCAACACAUUGCCCCUGCACUGCUUAUGCCUACGGCAGUGGAGAAAGCUGUAUAUUUUUUAGUGGGGACUUUCUAGAUUUGGAAAGCCCAACAAAUAAUUCUGCUGGGGUGGAUCUUUAUGUCAAAGUGAAACCAAUAGGGAAGAGAAAAGUGCCUCUUUUGGAGUUAGUGUUGCCCAUUACUGCUGCACUACUCUUAUCUUGUUUUGGUUUCUGUUAUGCACGACCAAAGCUAAUGAAGAAAAAAUCCAAGGACACACAUCAAAAUCUACUACUUUUUGAUUUGAACUCAAAUGGAGCGGAAUGUCAGAAAGGCGCUGAAGUUGGUAAAAGUCAUGGAGGAGAGAAAACUGACGGUUACGAGCUGCCCAUUUUCAGUUUCUCUAGCAUAGUCGCGUCGACUAAUAACUUUUCCAUGGAGAACAAGCUUGGAGAGGGUGGUUUUGGACCUGUUUACAAGGGAGAACUUCUAAAUGGACUGUUUGUCGCUGUGAAAAGGCUGUCGAAAAGGUCAGGACAGGGACUAGAGGAGUUCAAAAAUGAGACAGAAGUGAUUGCCAAACUACAGCACAGAAACCUUGUUGGGAUCUUAGGAUGCUGCAUUGAGAACGAUGAGAUGAUUUUAGUCUACGAAUACAUGCCCAAUAAAAGCCUUGACUUCUUCAUCUUUGAGCCUACCAGUGGAGUGAUGUUGGAGUGGGCCAAACGCGUUCAGAUCAUUGAGGGCAUUGCUCAAGGGAUUCUGUAUCUCCACCAUUAUUCCCGACUCAGAAUAGUUCAUAGGGAUCUGAAAGCUAGUAAUAUACUACUAGAUGCAGAGAUGAACCCCAAAAUCUCCGAUUUUGGCAUGGCAAGAAUCUUUGGAGGAAAUGACUUGCAAGCAAAUACUGAAAGGAUUGUCGGAACAUAUGGUUAUAUGUCACCAGAAUAUGCCAUGGAAGGACUUUUCUCUGUGAAAUCUGAUGUGUUCGCGUUUGGAGUAUUGAUGCUGGAGAUUAUCAGUGGAAAGAAGAACACUGGUUUUUAUGGUUCUGAGUAUCUUAGUCUCCUUGGAUAUACCUGGAAUGCGUGGAUACAUGGAAGAGCGCUGGAGCUGGUUGAUCCAACACUGGAAAUGCCAGCUUCAUCUUCAGCUGCGUUAAGAUACAUAAAGAUUGGCCUAUUGUGCAUCCAAGAAAAUCCAGGUGAUCGGCCUCUGAUGUCCGAUGUGGUUGGCAUGUUAAAUAACGAAGAUGCAGAAACGGCAUCACCCCUCAAUCCUGCCUUCACUAUUACCAGAAGUUCGGCAACGCCAAACAAAGUCCAAAUCUGCUCUGUGAAUGGUUUGACACUUUCUCAUGUUGAAGCACGUUGAUGUUUGACACUUGCAAUUCCAUAAAGACUGGAUUAGAUCUUCAUUGGUAAAAGUUUCUUCACCUUAUCAAAUUUAACACUAUCUUGACCUUUGGGGUGUGUUUGGUUUUUAUCCCUCUAAGUAGAUGGAUAAUAUAAUGAAGUAUAAAUUUAUCACUUAAAA